UCGUUUCCUUCUCUAUCUCUAAAAUCUAUUCCUCUCUUUCUCUCUCUCUCCAAAUCACUCCCCUGUUCUUGGACAAUGGCUGCUCUCCAGAGCUCAUUCACCUCGCUCAAUCUCGGCACCACUUCCUUCCUCGGACAACGCGUCUCUCCCUCCCUCCACCUCCCACUUCAGGUUAGGCUACCAGAGCAGCCGAGUUCAAUUGUCGCCAAGCUUAAACGAUGGGAACGGAAAGAGUGCAAACCGAACAGUCUACCAGUGCUACAGAAAAUGCACGUUAAACUUGGAGAUACUGUAAAAGUCAUAUCGGGAAAGGACAAAGGUAAAGUCGGCGAGGUAAGCAGGAUUAUCACGCAUAACAGCAGCAUUGUAAUUAAAGAUAUUAAUUUGAAGACAAAGCAUGUUAAGAGCAAGGGGGAGGAUGAACCAGGCCAGAUAAUCAAGAUCGAAGCCCCUAUUCACAGCUCAAAUGUUAUGCUAUAUUCAAAAGAGAAGGAUGUGGUGAGCAGGGUAGGUCAUAAAACCCUGGAUGAUGGUAAACGCGUACGCUACCUUAUAAAGACGGGAGAGAUUAUUGAUAGCGCAGAGAACUGGAAGAGAGUGGCUAAAGAAAAGGAGAAAGCAACAGAAUUAGCUACUGCCUCUUAGAAGACCAGUCUGAAGAAGCAAUGAAAUUUACCAUUUACCAGACUACAAUUACAGUGUUACUAUAUACAGCUAAGAAACAUGUGACACACUUUAUGGGUAAGAAAGCUCCAAAUGAAAAAAUAAAACUCAGCAUGAAAGUUAGAGGCAUGGAGAAGAGGGCAUCAGAAAAAAGUGAGUUGCACAAACACAAGAAAUCAAAUGUGAAAUGUCAUGACAAAUAUAAAACUGCCAGUACAAUAUGAGCUGUUAUUGUCUCGAUUCUUGUUCUAUAUUUUGAACUCACACUAUGAUUCAUUACUCUCAACUAGCCCCCACAUUAUUUAUUGUGCAGAGCAACUUUUA